AUGAAGCCAAGAACACCGGCUCGGACCUUAUCUCUAUUUAGUUCACCGUUCCCCCUCAAUAGGUCGGUUGGUCGGAUACGGAGACGCCAUGCCUUCUCUUCCUCUUCCCCUGCAUCGUUGCCGUCGAAACAACGCCCUUGGCUUCGAGUCGCUGUCGUGACCAUCGCAGCAGCAGGAAUUGGUGCUUAUAUCAGGUCUCAAGAAGAAUUGAAAUCUACGACGCUGAAUCCCAUCACAUUUACUCCGUAUUACCUAGUUUCAAAGGAGCCGGUGUCGUCGACUGGUAGUGUUUUUACUCUCAAAGCGCCCAAGCCGGCCAGUGAUAACUGUCAGGUCUAUGACGAAGCCUGGAAAACGGGGGUCUGGAGUGUGAUGUUCAAACAGCCGCAGCUACAGAUUGGAAGAGACUAUACACCUCUCCCUCCUACGUCGGUUGAAGAAGAUGAGUCGCUCCGGUUCUUCAUUCGCAGGGACCCUUUCGGCGAAAUGUCACGGUAUUUGCAUGGUUUGGACAUGGGAACUUGCAUAGAGAUGCGUGGUCCACAAAUUGAGUGUGAGAUCCCUUUAGAUACCCAGCAGAUUCUCUUCAUUGCUGGUGGAACUGGUAUCGCUCCUGCCUUACAGGCAGGACAUACACUCCUUGGCCGCACGGACGGAACACAUAAACCAAGGAUACAUAUCCUUUGGGCAAAUAGGAGACGAGAUGACUGUGUUGGUGGAACAAAUGAUAAUACCAUGACGACUAGAUCGCGAGCGCCCUGGUUCUCCGGCUUCUUGAAGUCAUCACCAGCCGACCCAUCUCCGGCUGACCCCGUGAAGAGUACUACUCUUUCCCCUUCUCUCAUUGUCAGAGAGCUCGAGGCUCUCAAGUCUCAGUAUCCGGGACAGGUCACGGUGGACUAUUUUGUUGAUGAGGAAAACACAUUCAUUGGGAAAAAAGCUAUAUUAGACGUUGCGGACUCUGCUACCUCGGCUGAGGGAUCUCAGAAACGAAAGAUGAUCUUAGUCUCGGGACCGGAAGGCUUCAUUAGCUACAUGGCUGGACCAAAGCUCUGGGCGCAAGGUAUGGAGCUUCAAGGACCGCUUCAAGGGAUCAUCAAGGAACUUGACCUGAAGGAUUGGGCUUCUCGAUUGAUGCCGUCCCGUGGCCCUGGCAGACGCUGGGCAUCCCUGCGCGUGCCGAGCACUCCUCAACGACGUGCAUUCGCCUCCACUAGGUUCUACUUCCAAGACAUUUUCCAAUCGCAAUUGGAGGAUCCCUCGUCAGCUGCAGUCUACUCCUCUCUUCAGGCGUCAAGGGCCAUUCCCCAGACACUCACAGAGAAGAUCGUUCAGAAAUAUUCCGUUGGUUUGGCCAAGGAUAAAUUCGUCAAAUCCGGCGAUUAUGUCACUAUCUCGCCUCACCGGUGUAUGACUCACGACAAUUCGUGGCCUGUUGCUUUGAAGUUCAUGUCUAUUGGUGCAACAAAAUUACAUGAUCCGAAGCAGAUUGUGAUGACUCUCGACCACGAUGUACAGAACAAGUCGGAGAAGAACCUCCAGAAGUAUCGUCAGAUUGAAGACUUCGCCAAGCACCAGGGGGUCGAGUUUUAUCCCGCCGGAAGGGGUAUUGGGCAUCAAGUCAUGGUGGAAGAAGGCUAUGCUUGGCCUGGUACUCUUGUGGUUGCUUCCGAUAGCCAUAGUAACAUGUACGGUGGCGUCGGUUGCUUGGGUACACCAAUCGUGAGAACGGACGGUGCUAGCAUCUGGGCCACUGGGAAGACAUGGUGGCAGAUCCCGCCCGUUGCAAAGGUCACCUUGACCGGUGUAUUACCACCGGGUGUGACCGGCAAAGAUGUGAUCGUCGCUCUGUGUGGAUUGUUCGAUAAGGACGAUGUCUUGAACCAUGCAAUUGAAUUUACUGGCUCCGAGGAGACCAUGCGCAGUCUAUCGGUAGAUGCCCGGUUAACGAUCGCCAACAUGACGACAGAAUGGGGCGCCUUAUCUGGCCUGUUCCCAAUUGACAGUGUAUUGAAAGGAUGGCUGAAAGGCAAGGCCACAACAGCAGCCAUGGGGCUUGCGGAAGGUCCCUUCAAGACUCUAGCCCCCCAGCAUUUCACACACCCGCUCCUCGAGCAGCUGUUUGCCAAUCCUCUAACUGCUGACAAGGGCGCCAAAUAUGCUAAGGAGCUUUUCCUGGAUCUUUCUACACUUUCCCCUUACGUUUCUGGUCCAAACUCCGUCAAGGUUGCCACGCCUCUCAAGGACCUAGAGGCCCAGAAUAUCAAAGUUAACAAGGCAUACCUCGUUUCAUGCACCAACUCGAGGGCCUCGGAUAUCGCUGCAGCUGCUAGAGUCUUCAAGGAAGCUGCGGAAAAGAAUGGUGGCAAAGUCCCCAAGAUUGCCGACGGUGUUGAGUUCUAUGUUGCUGCUGCGUCUAUCCCUGAGCAAUUAGCUGCGGAAGAAGCUGGUGAUUGGCAGGCCCUACUAGAUGCUGGAGCUACGCCAUUACUGCCUGGAUGUGCACAAUGUAUUGGGCUAGGAACCGGUCUCUUGGAGGCUGGAGAAGUAGGCAUCAGCGCCUCGAAUCGUAAUUUCAAGGGCCGUAUGGGUAGCACUGAUGCGAAAGCAUACCUUGGUAGCCCCGAAGUCGUUGCCGCUAGCGCUUUGACCGGAAAGCUCAGCGGCCCCGGCUGGUACCAGGCACCGGAAGGUUUGACUGAAGUUGUACGUGGAGAAGGGGACGGAAUUCGGGAGGAGGAUCGCAUGCUUACCGCUGAACAAGCCUUGGAGAAAUUAAUUGGCCAGAUUGAUAAUUUGGUUGCCGAUGGUGAGAAGAAGUUUGCUCCAGAAGAGAGUGAAGAGCCAUCUGGUGAUUCCCUUACGGAGGUAUACCCUGGAUUUCCAGAGCGUGUCUCGGGUGAAAUUGUGUUUUGCGAUGCAGACAACAUUAACACCGACGGUAUCUAUCCUGGCAAAUAUACCUACCAAGAUGAUGUUUCCCAAGAGACAAUGGCUCAGGUCUGCAUGUCCAACUACGAUGUUCAGUUCUCGUCGAUCGCCAAAGAAGGUGACAUUCUAGUCACUGGUUUCAACUUUGGCUGUGGAAGCUCCAGAGAGCAGGCAGCGACCGCCAUUCUGGCAAAGAAAAUCCCGCUCGUUGUGUCGGGAAGCUUUGGCAAUAUCUUCUCUCGCAACAGUAUCAACAAUGCCCUGAUGGGUCUGGAAGUUCCUCGUCUCAUCAACCGUCUCCGUGAGAGCUUCUCUGGAGAAGAAAGUGACAAAUCUCUCACCCGCCGCACUGGCUGGACCCUAACCUGGGAUGUCCGGAGAAGCCGCAUUGAGGUUCAGGAGGGAGAAAAUGGUCCCAAAUGGACACACCAGGUAGGUGAACUUCCCCCCAAUGUGCAAGAAAUCAUUGCCAAGGGAGGGUUGGAGAAAUGGGUCAUGAACGAGAUCGGGGCCUAA